AUAAAUAUUAAUAAAUAAUGGCAAAGCAUCAUCCCGAUUUGAUUAUGUGUCGUAAAUAACCAGGUAUUGCAAUUGGUAGAUUAUGCGAGAAAUGCGAUGGUAAAUGCGUGAUAUGUGAUUCAUACGUCAGACCUAGUGUUUUAGUAAAAAUCUGCGAUGAAUGCAAUUAUGGAAGUUUUUAAGGCAGAUGUGUCAUAUGUGGAGGAGUUGGAGUUAGUGAUGCUUAUUACUGUAGAGAAUGCGUUUAGCAAGAGAAGGAUAGAGAUGGGUGUCCGAAAAUAGUGAAUUUGGGAUCUGCCAAAACAGAUUUGUUUUAUGAAAGAAAGAAAUACGGAUUUAAAAAAAGAUGA